UAUGGCGGCGCCCUUGUAGCGGUGUGAGUUUGACAGCUGAGCAUGUUUUGCGGAAGAGUACGGAGUAAUUCAGGCUAAGCGAGGGAUGAAUUUGGUCUUAUGAGCAAAAACGUGUGUCCGCUUUAAGCUAACAUUGGAAUGAGUUCACCAUAAAUCAAGGACAUCAAUAAGAGGGAAUUUCUGUAGGCUACUGUGGCGUUGCCAUGCAGUCAGUGGUGAAGAGGGUCACUCUGUGCCCACCGGCCCUGGUCAGACAGGGCAUACGUAGUGGGCACCUCCUUUGUCCAGUGCCCUGGUUAAGGCAGGCGUUGUGUCGAAGCCUGUACAGCGAGACGGGGGUGUGGGAGAAGGACUACCGGGUGGAGACCAGGAGGAAGGUGGAGCAGAGAUGGCACCCCCUCAUCAAGGAGCAGUGGAGGAGGAGCAGCAAAAAGGAGAACUCCAGCCGGGAGAAGUUUUAUGUCCUCUCCAUGUUCCCAUACCCGUCUGGCCGUCUGCACAUGGGGCAUGUGCGUGUCUACACCAUCAGUGACACCAUAGCCCACUUCCAGAGGAUGAGGGGCCACCAGGUGCUGAACCCCAUGGGCUGGGACGCCUUUGGCCUGCCUGCUGAGAACGCUGCCAUAGAGCGAGCUCUGGACCCCGAGGAGUGGACCAAGAGUAACAUCCAGUCCAUGCGAGAGCAGCUAGACAGUCUGGGUCUUUGCUUUAACUGGGACAGGGAAGUAACCACGUGCCUGCCCGACUACUACAGAUGGACCCAGUUCCUGUUCGUCAAGCUGUUUGAGGCAGGGCUGGCCUAUCAGAAAGAGGCGGUGGUGAACUGGGACCCAGUGGAUCAGACUGUGCUGGCCGAUGAGCAGGUGGACGAGGCUGGGCGCUCCUGGAGGUCUGGGGCCCUGGUGGAACAGAAGCUGCUCAAGCAGUGGUUCAUCAAGACCACCAACUAUGCCAAGCCCCUCCUUGAUGCUCUUGCGGAGCUUCCUGAGUGGUAUGGCGUGAAGGGCAUGCAGGCCAACUGGAUUGGUGAAUGUUCCGGCUGCUUCUUCCAGUUCCAGCUCAAGCUGGAUGGAGAGGAGACAGGGGAGACUCUGGAGGCCUACACCCCAGCACCAGAGGGCGUGUUUGGGGCAGCCUACGUCUCCAUCCUCCCCUCUCACCGGCUGCUCCAUGGGUCCAGCCGCCUGAAGACUGCACUUAGCAGAGCACAACAGCAUGGGAGGGAUUGCCUAACUGAGGUCACAGCGCGAAGCGUGUUCACUGGCCGAGAAGUUCCCGUGGUCAUAUCAGCCCAAGCAGAAUUCCAGGGUCACCUGGAUGCAGUGAUAGGUAUUCCAGACCUCAAUAAGGAGGACGCCGUGGUGGCGAGUGUGCUGUCUCUGCAGUGGCCCUCCGUACUGCAGACUCAGGAGGACCAAUCUCAGACACUUCUCAACUCUGCAGAGUUCACAGGCCUCAGCAGGGAGGAGGCUUUUGACUCCAUUACCCAGAAAGCCAGGGAGAUGAAAGCAGGUGGUCACCUGACCAGCUCCAAACUCCGUGAUUGGCUGAUAUCGCGGCAGCGUUACUGGGGCACACCCAUUCCUGUCAUCCACUGCGGCUCGUGCGGCCCGGUCGCCGUGCCAGAGGAGGAGCUUCCCGUCACUUUGCCCAAAGUCGCCCUCACCGGGAAAGGGGCGUCACCCUUGCAGUCCGCCCAGGAGUGGAUCCGCUGCACCUGCCCCAGGUGUAAGGGUCCCGCUCAGAGAGAGACUGACACCAUGGACACGUUUGUUGACUCCUCUUGGUACUACUUCAGAUACACAGACCCUCACAAUCAGACCAGUCCGUUUGAGCGUUCUCUGGCUGAUCAUUGGCUGCCAGUAGAUGUGUACAUUGGUGGGAAGGAGCAUGCCGUCAUGCAUUUGUACUACGCCAGAUUCCUCAGUCAUUUCUGCAGGGAUCAAGGCAUGGUGUCUUACAGGGAGCCCUUCAGGAAGCUCCUGGUGCAGGGGUUGAUUAAAGGCCAGACCUUCCGCUGUGCUGACUCCGGCCAGUACCUGAAGAGAGAGGAGAUCGACCUCAGUGGUUCUGACCCGGUGGUGUCCGGGACUGGCGGUGCGGUCCAGGUGAGUUGGGAGAAGAUGAGCAAGUCCAAGCACAACGGCCUGGACCCUCAGGAGGUGGUGGAGCAGUAUGGCAUCGACACGGUGCGCCUCUUCAUCCUGUACGCCGCUCCGCCCGAGCAGGACAUUCUCUGGGACGUCAAGACCGACGCCCUCCCUGGCGUGUUGCGUUGGCAGUCUCGUCUCUGGUCACUGGUCACUAAGCUACGUGAGGCCCGACAGGCCGGUGGGACCCCUGACCCUUCCACCCUCAACAAGCGGGAGCGGACCGCUGCCCACAAGAUCUGGGAGAGCAAAAACUACGCCAUCCAGGAAGUCACAGGUCACUUCACAGAGGACUUCCUGCUGAACGCUGCUAUCUCUCGCCUCAUGGGCCUGAGCAACACACUCGCCCAAGCAAGUGCUGGUGUGAUUCUACACAGUGUGGAGUUUGAGGAGGCGCUGGCUGCUCUCUGUGUGAUGACUGCACCAAUGGCCCCCCACCUGGCCUCAGAACUCUGGACAGGUCUGUGUGGAGUGAGGAACCCUCAGUGUAAGCUGCUGUGUGAGAGGGGGAAUGUGCUGCAGCAGGCCUGGCCCACUAUAGACCCCCAGUACCUGGAGACUCCUGAUACUCUGGAGGUGGCAGUGAGGAUCAACAAUAAGGUGUGUGGGAGUGUGUCUGUGCCUCGCCAGGUGGCCCAGGAUGCCCAGCAGGUCCGGGAGUUGGUCUUGGCCAGCCCCCUGGGUGUCCGUCUCCUUGGCGACCGCAUCAUCAAGAAGGCCAUCCUCUCUCCCCGCACAGCACUCAUUAACUUCCUGGUGGAGGAGUGAGGCGGGGCUAAGAUGGAGGAGGAGUGAGGCGGGCACAGAUGCCUUAUUGACUGAUUACGCUGUCACUCAAGUGGACUCGGAAGUGAAUCCGGGAGAUGGGCUUUUGCUCUCCUCUUACCUCCUCCACCCAUGAACAGGGAUUGGAGUGCACUGGACGCUGUUGUCCUUUCUUUUUUAACUGAAGACAAAAAGACGUCUAUUUUUUUUUACUUUGUGUGUGUUCGUUCGCGUUGACUCCUGCAGCUCAUAGCCCAGCCAGGGAGAGGGCGGGCCAGAGCCUCGGUCUGUCCGUCAUGAAAUUAAAAUGGCUGUCUAAAGUGGC